AUGGUCGACGAGAAAGAUCAAAUUGAAAUUGAUCUUAAAAUCAAGGCUGAACUUAUGCGUUUGGAUCAAUGCCAUGAAAAGAGUAAACAAGAGAUGGCUAAAUUGAUUUCCAAAAACAAAAGUGAAAGUGAGGCUAUCCUGGAUGAAAUUGAAGCACCGAUGAAACUUCAAGAAGAUGCAUGUUAUGAGAGACCGAAAGAAAGACUCUCAAGGAAAUCAACAAUGGUCGACAAAGAUCUAGACAAAUUGAUCGGGGAAGAAGUCGGUAGGUGGAAUGAGUUCAUGGAAAGUUUUCUUUUUUCUCGUGAAAGAACCAAUGUAAAAUCAAGCACACAGAUUGAUUCCGCCAAGAAAUCAGCUCAUCUUGAUGAAUUCAAGAAAGAAGAAAACAUUGGGAAUAAAGGGUCGAAGACCGGAGUUGGUGGAAAAGAUUUAAAGAUAGUUGUUGAUUGUGACCAACUAGAGUCAAGAAAUAUGGAAGAAUCGGAUCAAGAAAUCCGUCUUUGGUCCGGAGCCAUGGUCGAAGGAACCCGCCUUAAAGCUCUCGAUGAGCAAGUCAAGAAAAUGGAGACCAAGUUGGGUGUCUUGGAGGACUUACCGUCCAGGAUGGAGGAAACCCAAAGGGAAACUGCCGAAAUUAAACGGAUGAUGAAAUCCAUGAUGGAGAUGAUGAGCUCCCUUCAAUCCCAAACCACCGAGGGUGGAAGUUCUUCGCGGAUCCACCAACCCGAUAUGGGGAAGGGCAUUUUACCAACCCCUAUACACAUCGAUCCCCAAACACCAACCUAA